GGAACCCGGGCGUUGUGGGCGGUGCUCGCCGCGCGGCUCCUAUGGCGCACAUCACCAUCAACCAGUACCUGCAGCAGGUUUGUGAAGCCAUCGACUCGAGGGAUGGAGCAUCUUGUGCCGAGUUGGUGUCUUUUAAGCACCCUCAUGUUGCAAACCCACGGCUGCAAGUAGGGUCACCCAGUUUUUAUUGUGUAAAUAUACUUUCAGAUGCCAUGAUUCUCACCCUCCCACGUUUUUUUUCCAGGUGCACUUACGCAGUGGGAAACCAUGAUUUCAUAGAGGCCUACAAGUGCCAGACCGUGAUAGUUCAAUCAUUCUUGAGGGCGUUCCAGGCCCACAAAGAAGAAAAUUGGGCUCUGCCUGUCAUGUAUGCAGUAGCACUUGACCUUCGGGUAUUUGCCAACAACGCAGAUCAACAGUUGGUAAAGAAAGGAAAGAGCAAAGUUGGGGACAUGUUGGAGAAAGCAGCUGAACUGCUGAUGAGCUGCUUCCGCGUGUGUGCCAGCGACACUCGCGCUGGCAUAGAGGACUCUAAGAAGUGGGGGAUGCUGUUUCUGGUGAAUCAGUUAUUUAAAAUUUACUUUAAGGUAGGCUUCUGUUAUAAUAAAGGGAAGCAGCUUUUGUCUUCCAUGGAAGAAUGAGACGGUAGAAUAAGGAGUAGGGAGGGCACGUAGGACGUUGAGAUGCUUGGGUCUGACUUCUGCCGGGCCCUGGCCGUCUCUGCAGCCGAGGAGUACCUGUCCUUUGCCUUUGAGCACUGUCAUCGCUCAAGUCAGAAGAACAAGAGGAUGAUUCUGAUAUAUUUGCUUCCAGUGAAAAUGCUAUUGGGUCAUAUGCCAACCAUCGAGCUUUUGAAAAAGUAUCAUCUCAUGCAGUUUGCUGAAGUGACCAGAGCUGUAAGCGAAGGCAAUCUGCUCCUGCUGAACGAGGCUCUGGCCAAGCACGAGACCUUCUUUAUCCGCUGUGGUAUUUUCCUCAUCCUCGAGAAGCUGAAGAUCAUUACCUACAGGAAUCUCUUCAAGAAAGUGUAUUUGUUACUCAGAACACAUCAGCUGUCUCUGGAUGCUUUUCUAGUUGCCCUGAAGUUCAUGCAGGUGGAAGAUGUGGACAUUGAUGAAGUCCAGUGUAUUCUGGCUAACUUGAUAUACAUGGGUCACAUUAAAGGCUACAUAUCGCAUCAGCACCAAAAGCUAGUUGUCAGCAAGCAAAACCCGUUCCCUCCGCUGUCCACGGUGUGUUGAGUGUAUGAACAGCCCUGAGGAUGGGGGAGCAGUCUGUUCCUUUUGAUUUUAGUCCCAGGGAUGCUGAGACUGAGUUUGAGUUUGCCUGCACACCCAAACGGUGGGAUACCCCAUCAUUCAUAACUAAUGCCAACCUCAGAAAGACCUGGAAUUCCUUUUUCAGAAAGUACAAACACCUCUGCUGGCUCUGGAGCAUUUGUGAGUCUUCUGUGAAGGAGGCUUUGUGCUAAGGCAGCUAUGGUUUACUUUUCAUAACCGUGGUUCGUAGAGGCUUAUCUUUGUGACUUUUUAUAGCUUUUUCUAUAAAAAAGGCAUUCUGAAUUUAUACAGAUGUCAUAUUCUUUAUUGUGUCUUUCAGGAUACAUCUAUUUUUAUAUAUUAAAUUUGAACAUUUUACAUGAUCAAAA